CUCCACGGCCCCCUGUUUCUCGCCCUGAAAACUUCUCCCUCACUCAAAACCUCAGUCAGUUCAGAAAUCAGAAGCUCAGUUCCGCGAAGAUGCGUGAGAUUCUUCAUAUUCAGGGAGGUCAAUGCGGCAACCAGAUCGGAGCCAAGUUCUGGGAGGUGGUUUGUGCCGAGCACGGCAUCGAUUCCACAGGCCGGUACCAGGGGGACAACGAUCUGCAACUUGAGCGCGUUAAUGUCUACUACAAUGAGGCCAGUUGCGGUAGGUUUGUGCCGCGUGCGGUGCUUAUGGAUCUGGAGCCUGGGACCAUGGACAGUGUUAGGUCCGGGCCGUACGGGCAGAUAUUCCGGCCGGACAACUUCGUUUUUGGGCAGUCCGGCGCCGGUAAUAACUGGGCGAAAGGGCACUACACUGAGGGAGCCGAGUUGAUUGACUCCGUCCUUGAUGUGGUGCGCAAGGAGGCUGAGAACUGUGACUGUUUGCAAGGGUUUCAGGUCUGUCACUCUUUGGGAGGUGGAACUGGGUCAGGCAUGGGAACACUGCUCAUUUCCAAAAUCAGAGAAGAGUAUCCAGACAGAAUGAUGCUCACAUUCUCUGUUUUCCCAUCCCCAAAGGUGUCUGACACUGUUGUUGAACCAUACAAUGCUACACUCUCAGUUCACCAGCUUGUUGAGAAUGCUGAUGAAUGUAUGGUUUUGGACAAUGAAGCUCUCUAUGAUAUUUGCUUCCGAACUCUCAAGCUCACUACUCCAAGCUUUGGAGACCUCAAUCACCUCAUAUCUGCCACCAUGAGUGGGGUUACCUGCUGCCUGCGUUUCCCUGGUCAACUCAACUCAGAUCUUCGCAAGCUUGCUGUUAAUUUGAUCCCAUUCCCUCGUUUGCACUUCUUCAUGGUUGGCUUUGCUCCACUCACAUCUCGUGGGUCCCAGCAAUACAGGGCACUUACUGUUCCUGAGCUCACUCAGCAGAUGUGGGAUGCCAAGAACAUGAUGUGUGCUGCUGAUCCUCGUCAUGGUCGAUACUUGACAGCCUCUGCCAUGUUCCGUGGCAAGAUGAGCACAAAGGAGGUUGAUGAGCAGAUGAUAAAUGUGCAGAACAAGAACUCAUCAUACUUUGUUGAGUGGAUUCCCAACAAUGUAAAGUCUACUGUUUGUGAUAUCCCCCCAACUGGGUUGAAGAUGGCCUCAACUUUCAUUGGCAACUCAACUUCAAUCCAAGAGAUGUUCCGAAGGGUGAGUGAGCAGUUUACAGCUAUGUUCCGCAGGAAGGCCUUCUUGCACUGGUACACAGGGGAAGGGAUGGAUGAAAUGGAGUUCACUGAGGCAGAGAGCAACAUGAAUGAUCUGGUUUCUGAGUACCAACAAUACCAGGAUGCAACAGCUGAUGAGGAAGGGUAUGAUUAUGAAGAUGAGGAGGAAAUUCAGGAGGAAGCCUGAUUUUUGCAUGUUUAAAACAGCUUUUUGUUUGUUGUUGAUUGUUGUGGAAUUAAGUGUUACUUUCUUUUUAUCUGAAUACUUGGGUGUUUGGAUCAUGAUCGUGUGGCCUGUUCCCUGGCCCAUCUUUUUUCCUCUGCUUAUUGUAAUGCUUUAGAGAUUAUGCUUUGCAAUCAUGUUUAUCGUCAGUAUAGAUACUAAAUGCCUAUGGUUUAGAUAUGGAACGAUUAUGUUUAAUCA